GAGUGACAGAUGGACCGACCCCAUGUGGCUACGUAACUUGUCCGAUAGCCUGCCAAGGCGCUAGUCCAAUCAGCACGCGAUUGUGCCUUCCUCGUCCCGCCGAACAUUCGACAGGGUCCAAGCUCCUUCCCUCGGUCGGUGAAUGCGGACCAGCCACAAUGCCCAGCCCCUCGCCCGGGUCGCGUCAACUGCAUCAACGCGAAGACGAGCAGUGCGCCCGUGCUUCACUCCAUCCUCAUCGCUAUUCCUGAAGCAGACACAGCGCGCAAGACUCGACGACCCGUCCCAUUCCAUCCUCGUCGCGCUUUGGGGUUCGCGACUUUUCACGACGUGAACGCGCCCUGACGUCUCCCACCGCGGGCAUUCCCUCGACGCAUCCAUCCAUAUCCCACUCCAGCCAUGUCACCCAAAUCUCCAACAAGGCGCAACAAGGCGCGGCCGUCGCGGGGCGGAAGAUCGAGUGUUGGAAGCAGGAGGGACUCGGGCAAGCGACUUGGACAAGCAGGACCUGCUCCAGACCGCGCGAAGAAGCGCUACAAGCCCGGCACCGUCGCUCUCCGUGAGAUCAAGCGCUACCAAAAGUCGACCGACCUGCUCUUGUUAAAACUCCCCUUUCAGCGCCUCGUCCGCGAGAUCGCACAGACAGUCACAACCGAGGACGGCCCCAAUAGGUGGCAGAGUCAAGCCAUUGUAGCCCUCCAGGAAGCCACAGAAGCCUUCCUCGUGAACCUCUUCCACGACGCAAACCUUUGCGCUAUCCACGCCAAGCGCGUCACCAUACAACAGAAAGACAUACAGCUCGCUCGCCGUCUGCGCGCAGCUUGGGGUGCGCCUGUCUAGGUCAGGAGAGGUGCAUUUUGAUCGAUACCCAAUGUUUCGUUGAACUGGAACCAUUUUGGAAAUUGGACCGUUGCUUUCGCGAUUCAAACUUUAUCUGCAUAUUCGCUGGGGUGUUGUCGAGGUUACAAUUGCGACUGGCGUUCCAUGGCGCCUCGGGAACCUGAAGGAGGCCUGUAUUAUUGAACGUUUUUGCUCUCAUUGCUCCCAUCCUAGCGUCGGCACCAAUUGUCGGAUUGCUACCAUAUAUCUUGUAUACAAAUCCAUCGGUAAAUCUGAACACCAAAAACCGCGUCAGGCAGGAAGACGCCAACAGAGCUCAAACCUCUGCAUUGAAGUGGGAAAAGAUCUUGCAUCAUGCGAUAUGCCACGCUCAUAAGCUCUAGUGGCAUUGGCAAUGCGCCGGCAUUGCUUGAGCUGCUUACGCCAUGACUGGAUCUUGGCCUUGAUGUUAGUUGCUGCAUACAAA